UCUUUAUAACAAACGAAUACAAUCUCUUUUUCUCUAAUUAUUAUAUAUGUUUUCAUGAGAACCUGCAUUUGUUGUUGUUGUUGAUUCUGAUGAUGUUUUUGGACUCUGUCUACUUUGUCAUUUAGUACACCUAAAAACGAAAAGAACCAAAACAAACCAAAGCAUUGUGUUGUGUUGUGUGCAGAUAUAAGGCUCUGAGUCCUUCCAUCUGUUUGGUAUUCUAUCAGUUUUUGCGUUUCUUAGCGCCAAAAACAGAAAUGAUGAGCUGUGAAGAGCAACGUGGAGAAAAGCCUCCACUUCUCCGAUCUGACCCGGUGGUGUUGGAGAUUAAUAGCUUGCAAAACCAACUCAAAGAGAAAGAUAAGGAAGUAGCGACUUGUCAGGGUGAAAUCAAAGCCUUGAGGUCAACUGAGGCUCUCAAGGACAAGGCCAUAGAAGAGUUGAGAAAUAGAGUUGGUAAACUUGAGGAAAGACUUGGAGUUACAGAGGAUCGUCUUAAACAAAAGAAUCUAGAAAUCAAGAAACUGACAGAUGAAAAGAAAGAUGCAUUGGCUUCACAAUAUGCUGCAGAAGCAACACUUAGAAGGGUCCAUGCAAUUCAGAAGGAUGAGGAUUUUAUUCCAAUUGAGACUGCCAUUGCUCCUCUUGAAGCUGAGAUCAAAAUGUACAGGAAUGAGAUUACUUCACUUCAAGAAGAUAAGAAAGCUUUGGAACGACUCACAAAAUCAAAAGAGGCAGCAUUGCUAGAAGCAGAGAGGAUUCUGCAAAGUGCCCUAGAGAAGGCCCUAGUAGUUGAUGAGGUUCGAAAUCAGAACUUUGACUUGAAGAGACAGAUUGAAAUCUCCCAGGAGGAGAACAAAAUCUUGGAGAAAAAGCAUCGCCAAAAGAUUUUAGAAGUUGAAAAACUUAGCCAAACGAUUCAAGAACUUGAGGAAGUUAUCUUAGCCAGCGGAGCUACUGCUAAUGCUGUUCGUGACUAUCAGCGACAGACUUCUGAAUUGCAAGAAGAGAAGAGGAAAUUAGAGAGGGAGCUAGCAAGGGUAAAAGUUUCAGCAAACAGAAUUGCAAAUGUUGUGGCUAAUGAGUGGAAGGACGAAAAUGAUAAGGUCAUGCCUGUCAGGCAAUGGCUAGAAGAUAGAAGAAUUAUGCAGGCAGAGAUUCAACGGUUGAAAGACAAGCUGGCUACAUCAGAGAGAACAGCUAAGGCAGAGUCACAAUUGAAGGAUAAACUAAAGCUAAGGCUUAAAACGCUGGAGGAAGGCUUGAAGCAUCUCUCAAGCUACCCAGACAUUCUGAAUGUGCCUUGUGCAUCUCCGAAAGCAGAAAAGUCGAACAUACUAGGUUUUCUAACAACCAGUAGUGGUCUGAGAAAGAGAUCCACAUCACAACCAAGGGCAUCUACUGUUGGAAGCUCUUUGUUCCAGCAACCACAUGCAAAAAACAGCACAGACAUAUUGGUCGGGAAUUUAAAACUGGGGAGCCCUAAAAAGAGAUACAGUUCUGCAGAAAAUGUGUUGAAGAAAGGAAUAUGGGCGUCCAGAAGUAAAGUUGAUAAUGCUGAAAAGGAAAAUGAGAUGCUGGUGAACACGGACAUGACAUUAAACAGAUGCAAUGAAGAAAGAGAAGCAGCAGAAAUUAAUGUGGAUGAAGACCCUGAAAGCAAGAAACCAAACGGAUCAGGCAGGGAUGAUGUGGUCUCAGGUUUUCUGUAUGAUAAGCUGCAAAAGGAGGUCAUCAAUUUGAGGAAGUCUUGCGAAACUAAAGACAGUAGUUUACAAUGUAAAGAUGAAGAAAUUAAGAUGCUUACAAAGAAAGUUGAUGCACUCACAAAGGCCAUGCAAGUAGAGUGGAAGAAAAUGAAAAGAGAAGCAGCUUCCAGAGAGAAAGAGGCUUCAUCAACAAAGUCAGAUGAUAAUAGGAAAAACAGAAGCACAAGCUCCUCUAAAAGGGUGAUGACAGAGCGCUGACAAUUCUUUAUUUCGAGAUAGUUGAAGGCAAUUUAUUCAUCGAUGGCAUCAUAUGAUUUUGUAAAUACAAAAACAUUUGUGAGGUGUAGUAUCCUGAAAUAAAUUUCCAUUGGGAAAAAGGAAGUUAGGGAAUCUGUUUCUGUACAAACACGUGUUCAACAUCUUUCUCUAUAUUUGGAUAAAUGAUAUGCUUUGUGAUUGUGAGUGUUAGACACUAGCCAAGUUUAUCGCAUGUUUCAUGAACUUGAAACAUCAGGAACACUUGUCCAUCUUGUCCAUAUUAAGUAGUAGAAGAUUUAGGGCCUAUUUG